UGUUUAUUUCCCUCCUUAUAGUAAUGGAAACAAGCACUGGAAUCGAAGAUGAAUACGGGCACGAAGGGAAUGUGGAAUAUAUUUUGGAAAAUGUGCUCAUGCCUGACGAUGGCAGUCCAGAGUUUAAGCACCUGCAAGAUGAAUACAAUUGUCAGCUGACUCUGUGUUGUAAAUGCACGAGUAAUUAUAGUUGCAAAGACAGUGCUGUUUGUUGUCAUGGCGGUGGCCUUGAAUACAACCCCGAAUAUGGGGAAUUGGUGUUAAUCACCAGUGCAGCCAGAGAAUUUCCCACUAUCGUUGAGUGCAAUGAUCUGUGUGAAUGUGACCAAAGCCAAUGCAGAAAUCGACUUGUGCAAUUUGGACCAAGAAAAAAACUGGAAAUAUAUAAUUCUCCACUGUAUAAAUCGAAAGGUUUGCGCACAAGUGUUGCAAUACCCCGCGGAGCUUUCAUCUGUGAAUAUGCAGGUGAGCUUCUAACACUGCCAGAGGCCCAGCGACGACUCGAAUUGAUUGAUAAGACCCGAUUAAUGAAUUAUAUAUUAUAUCUAUGUGAAUACGCUAAACCCAAAAGUCAUAAGUCGAAGACCAAUUUACUCGAGAUAACUAUUGUGGAUCCAUCUCGACGUGGAAAUAUUGGCCGUUAUUUGAACCAUAGCUGUGAGCCAAAUUGUGAGAUUUUGGCUGUGCGAACAAAUUGCCCAAUUCCAAAAAUUGCAAUCUUUGCCAAACGAAAUAUAAAUGUGAACGAGGAAUUAUGUUUUCAUUACGCCGGAGAAAACUUUGACGAGAGGAAAAGCAGUGGAAAACUCUGCCUGUGUGGUGCAUCAAAUUGUUGCGGAUUCAUGCCAAAUACUAAAAUUUAGAAAAUAAAUAUUUGUUCACAGCA